GUAAUGAAUGGGGGCCAUUCUGCCCGCGGAGGAGCACCGCUCUCCCUCUGGCCUGCAGCCUUAUUUAUUACAUACCGAAGUAUAAAACCGCCUGGCCGGCUGCAAGUCUCAUCUGCAGCCUUGGCACUUGCCCGAAGAGACCACGGCAGCCGGAGCCCUAGCCGUCUUCUCCGGGAGGCUCUGUGGCUCUGUUGAGAAUCAUGCUCGGAAGGCAGCUCGUCUGUUGGCACCUGCUGGCUUUGCUUUUCCUCCCUUUUUGCCUGUGUCAAGAUGAAUACAUGGAGGUGAGCGGAAGAGCUAAUAAAGUGGUGGCGAGAAUAGUGCAAAGCCAUCAUCAGACUGGCCGUAGCGGCUCCAAGAGGGAGAAAGUGAGAGAGCGGAGCCAUCCUAAAACUGGGACUGUGGAUAAUAACACUUCUACAGACCUAAAACCCCUGAGACCAGAUGAGCUACCGCACCCCGAGGUAGAUGACCUAGCCCAGAUCACCCCAUUCUGGGGCCAGUCUCCACAAACUGGAGGACUGCCCCCAGACUGCAGCAAGUGUUGUCAUGGAGACUACAGCUUUCGAGGCUACCAAGGCCCCCCUGGACCUCCUGGUCUCCCUGGCAUUCCAGGAAACCAUGGAAACAAUGGCAAUAACGGAGCCACUGGCCACGAAGGGGCCAAAGGAGAGAAAGGAGACAAAGGUGAUCUGGGGCCACGGGGGGAGCGUGGGCAGCAUGGCCCCAAAGGAGAGAAGGGCUUCCCGGGGAUCCCACCAGAACUGCAGAUUGCAUUCAUGGCUUCUCUGGCAACUCACUUCAGCAAUCAGAACAGUGGGAUUAUCUUCAGCAGUGUCGAAACCAACAUCGGAAAUUUCUUCGAUGUCAUGACCGGUAGAUUUGGGGCCCCAGUAUCAGGUGUGUAUUUCUUCACCUUCAGCAUGAUGAAGCACGAGGACGUUGAGGAAGUGUAUGUGUACCUCAUGCACAAUGGCAACACGGUCUUCAGCAUGUACAGUUAUGAAACAAAGGGGAAAUCAGAUACAUCCAGCAACCAUGCAGUGCUGAAGCUGGCCAAAGGGGAUGAGGUUUGGCUGAGAAUGGGCAAUGGCGCUCUUCACGGGGACCACCAGCGCUUCUCCACCUUUGCAGGCUUCCUGCUCUUUGAAACUAAGUAAAAUAUGAAUAGACCAGCUCCACUUUUGCGAAGACUUAUAGCUGAGCUGGUGUUGUCAUGAUGAGGGACUUUAGAUUUGAUGGUUCUACAUGUUGUAUUAAAAAAUAUUUUAUUGGUUACAUUGCUAAUCAUACUACAGGUACAUCAGUAAUGAGGGAUGACUCAGGAGCUCAGAAGAAUAAACCACAAAACAGUCUUCCCAUGUGACCUUGACUAAUAUACCCAGGAACAUUUAUCACUCUUUCCUAGGCACCUAAAAGAGAGUUCCCUUCUUGAUACAGGUUGGAAAUAAUUGUUCCCAUCAGAGAAGUCAUUUGCAAAGAGUAUUGGAGGCUCUAAUAGCAACAUUCAGGAACCCCUGAAGGUCUGGGUUCCUCGUUCUUUUUUUUUUUUUGCGGUACACGGGCCUCUCACUGCUGUGGCCUCUCCUGUUGCGGAGCACAGGCUCCGGACGUGCAGGCUCAGUGGCCAUGGCUCACGGGCCCAGCCACUCCACGGCAUGUGGGAUCUUCCCGGACCGGGACACGAACCUGUGUCCCCUGCAUCGGCAGGUGGACUCUCAACCACUGCGCCACCAGGGAUGCCCUGGGUUCCUCAUUCUUUACAACGUUUCAGAGAACAGGAUGCAGUGAUUAUGAUGGGGCCAAGGAAAGAAUAGGGGGCACUUGCCUGGAUCAAGGUACCAGAAAUAUUUGUAAAGUCUAGACUGGGAAGUAACACUUUGAUCCAGUGGGUCAAUAUUCAUGGAUAAAAUAUAGGUAUUUUUUAGUAAUUCCAGAUAGCUUUAAGAUAGCAGAAGUAUUCACAAUGCUCAAAAAUAAUUGACUUCUCCUUUUUUUAUAAGGAUAGUGCUAUAAUUAAAUCUUGACUUCUAAUGGCUUAUAUUUUUGGAAAUAGAAUUUUCCUGUGAUCCAGAAUUGGGCUUACCAGAUCUGGAUUAUCAGAUUGACUCUUUUCCUUUGCAUCUCUUACAUUACAGCAGAGCUUUGUUGACUUUGGCCUGCAGUGAGUGUAGGUCCAUACAGUAUGGAUAUAAUCACCCACUUUUCUAUCAGCUUAGAAAUUACCCUAGUAUACUAUAUACACACUGACAUGGCAUGUUUAAGGAGCUGUAAACCCAAACAUAUACAGCCAAACUAAUGUAUACAAAAUAUAAGGGUAUUUCACUUAGGAGACAUAUAAUAAAAUUGUUUAAUCUUUUUUAAAAAUAAAAAAUUAUAUGGGAAUUGCCUGGUGGUCCAGUGGUUAGGACUCGGUGCUUUCACUGCCAUGGCCCGGAUUCAAUCCCUGGUCACGGAACUAAGAUCCUGCAAGCUGCAUAGCGCAGCCAAAAAAUAAAAAAAAAAAUCUGUAUAUUUUAAAAAAAAUUAUGUGACUUCUUUGAUUACCAUAUUUAAUCAAUAUUCGCAGAGCAGCUGUGCCACUUGACUUUUGCCUAUACCUCCCCAAAAAUCAAUUCUCAAAGGAUUAAAUUUGCCACCAAAAUGAUACUCAUGAGAAUGUGCCAUAAGUUCUGAUGACAGUACCCCAAAUUGGUUUACUUUAAGCAAAGAAUCAUUGGAAUAUGCGUUUACCUUGAUGUUGAAUCAUAUUUAAAAUACACUACAGAGAUGUCCAUCUAACAAAUAUUACAUAAUGAAUUCCCUUAGAAGUAAUGAGCCCUUAAUUUAUUUUCUGUUACAAUUUGAAUUUCCACAAAGGCUUUUUCACUAUGAGCUUAUUUGUAUCUUGUAUUGAUUACCCCCUAUAGCUAGAAGCAGAGAUAAUGAAUUAGAGCUGCCCUUUUAGCUAAUCAUGUGUUCCACAUGCAUGCCAGUCUUUGACCCUUUCCUUUUGAUCUACAAGUAUUUUGAAACUCUUCCUGAAUCCAUAUACAAUGCUAUUUUAAAGUGAAUGGAUGUUAGCUAUAAUGUGCUUGACUGGUAAUGUUUUUGUGGUUUUGUGUAUAUUCUCCCUCCCCCACCCCACCUCGGUAUAAGGUCAUGGGGUUGAAGUUUACUCUUACCAAAUGUCAUAACUUUCCUAGAAGUGCAUUGUCAAUAGAUAAUUGAAUAUUGCAUGUUGCCCAAAAGGACUUCAUAUCUAAAGAGCAUGCAUUACUAAUAAAGUGACUUAGAGUAAGAUAUUGGCCUGGCUUUAGAUAAAACUGAAGCAAGAAAACUGUAAUAAGCAUUAUAUGGAAAUAAACCCACUUUUGUUAAACGUUUUUAGAAUGUUUUUAAUAAAGUUGAAUAGUCAUACAAUUAUAA